AACAACCACCCUCAAAAGCACGAGAAACCUUCCCAUACCAUGUGUGGCAUCUUCGCGUGUCAUCACCACGAUGAUAUCCAAAAGUUCCGGCCGACCGCCAUUCGCAUGGGCAAGCAGGUCAAGCACCGCGGACCCGAUUGGAGCGGCAACCAUACUGCCAACGAGACCAUUCUCGUCCACGAGCGCCUGUCCAUUGUUGGUGUAGACACCGGCUCGCAACCCCUCCUCAACGAAGAUCAGAGCAUUGCCCUCGCCGUCAAUGGCGAGAUCUAUAACCAUAAAAUUCUGCGUCACCGGGGUCUUGCCAAGUCAUAUCCUUUCAAGACACAUUCUGACUGCGAGGUCAUUAUUCCUCUGUAUCAAGAGCAUGGAAUCGAUGCGCCGAGACAUUUGGAUGGCAUGUUCAGCUGGGUGUUACACGACAAGAAGCAAGAUCGUUUGAUCGCUGCAAGAGAUCCUAUCGGUAUCACCACCUUCUACAUGGGCCGCGACAGCAAGAUGCCUGGCGCUGUGUACUUUGCCAGCGAGCUGAAAUGCCUGCACCCUGUUUGCGACUCCAUCGAGGCAUUCCCGCCUGGACACGUCUACGACAGCAAAACGGACCAGCUCACGAGAUACUUUGACCCAAAGUGGCUAGUCAACCCAACCGAUAUUCCUAGCACACCUCUCGACCUGAAACUGCUGCGCGAGACGUUUGAGAGAUCUGUGAGAAAGAGACUGAUGGCUGAGGUGCCAUAUGGUGUGUUGCUAAGUGGCGGACUGGACAGCUCGUUGGUAGCUUCGAUCGCACAACGAGAAACACUUCGCUUGCAGAAAGAAUACGCCAAGAAGAGGGCUCUGCUAUCGCAGGGAACCAACAGUCCUACCUUGAACGGCGUUGCCAAUGGACAGGUGCCGCUCGCAGAAUCCAAUGAAGAAGAGCUUGCUGGCAUCGACGAGGACUACCACCUUAGCUCGAUACCAGUUCUGUCUCAGUUGAACUCCUUCUCCAUUGGUCUGCCAGGAUCACCAGACACCAUCGCUGCGCAGGAGGUCGCCAAGUAUCUCGGCACUAGGCACCACUCUUUGACCUUCACCAUCCAGGAAGGUCUUGACGCGCUGUUCGACGUCAUCUACCAUCUCGAGACCUACGAUGUGACCACCAUCCGCGCCAGCACGCCCAUGUUCUUGCUCUCGCGCAAGAUCAAGGCAAUGGGUGUCAAGAUGGUUUUGUCAGGAGAAGGUUCCGACGAGAUCUUCGGCGGCUAUCUCUACUUCCACAAUGCACCCGACAAGGCUGCUUUCCACGAGGAAACGGUCCGAAGAGUCAAGAACCUGCACCUGGCUGACUGUCUGCGUGCCAACAAGUCCACGUCAGCCUGGGGUGUCGAAGCACGUGUCCCGUUCCUCGACAAGGAGUUCCUUGAGCUGUCCAUGAACAUUGAUCCCGCCGAGAAGAUGAUCCACAAGCCUGAGCGUAUUGAGAAAUACAUUCUACGGAAAGCAUUUGAUACUGAAGGCGAGCCAGGCGCCAAGCCAUACUUGCCACCAAACAUCCUGUGGCGUCAAAAGGAGCAGUUCUCCGACGGCGUUGGCUACGGCUGGAUCGACGGUCUCAAAGAUGAGGCCGCCAAGCUGAUCACAGACGAGCAGAUGAAAGAGGAAAACAUUCGCAAGGACAAGCCAUUCUGGGGUGACGACAUUCCUGAUACUAAGGAGGCUUACUGGUACCGCUGCAUGUUCGACGAGCACUUCCCGCCUUACUGUGCCAGCACUGUGAUGCGAUGGACACCGACCUGGAGUAAACAGACUGACCCAUCUGGUCGUGCCAUUGGCGUCCAUGAGCAAGCCUACAAAGAUCAGAAGUAGAGCUGCUCACCUUUAGACCUGCAUGCGUUGCGGAUGCAAUUCGUACAGCCUUCCGACGCUGGAAGCAGGUCCGAGGAAGCACAUGAGAUGUGUAUGACUUCCGGCGCGGGACUACUUGCGCUACGACGUGAUACCCCGGCGCGCACGAUUAGAUGUAAUAUAGACGCGUACGAAUGAAGCUCAUGCGCCUGAUACUUGUGUGCUUACCGGAACCUGUCCGUUGAGAUCAAGAAGUGAACUAGCUGACGAGCGCCGUCUCUAAUAAGGGCACCGAGAGGACAGCAGACGCGACCACCCGAGCCAUAUUCGUCGCCAGAUCCAAUGAAAUGAUGCCCGGGUGUGGCGUUCGAAGCAUUGGGCUUGAUUUCAGAUUGCAUUGUGCCCAUGGCUCUGUGGAUAAGUGCCGCGACGGCCAUCUGUGUCAUGAUAAAGGUAAGGUACAUGGUAGGUACCUGCUCCUUUUGCGUCGCGCUUUCACUACCUACAUGUAUCUGCAUACAUGCCUCCUGCGCAGCCAUGCAACCCGCGACUGCUCCCUCUUAACUUCGUGACCACAGCAUAAUGUGUUCCCGUCCCCCCUUCGCGUUCUCUUCUUCCUUUCAAUACUUCUAAGCAUCCUCAGUCAUUAGCUUUACCAAGCGAAGACUUCCCAGUAUUACCUUAGUUACGACAAGCUACAUCACGUACAGCUCCAUCAUUCGCAAGCCCUCAUUUGGCCUACGUCGAUAUGGCGUCCAAGAUUGACGACUCUUUCAAUGCACCAGAGGACUCGGGCGUCCCUCAGUGCCAGUGUCCGACUCCUCUACAAGC